AUGCUCCCAUCAAAUGUGGAAUACGACGAAGCGGACUACGAAGUUGAGCUGGCAUUAGUGAUUGGAAGACAAUGCAAGAAUGUUUCAGUCGCCGAAGCAGCAGACUACAUCUUAGGAUAUUCGGUUGCGAACGAUGUUACGGCGCGUAAGCAUCAGGAUAAGACCUCCCAAUGGUCCUACGCCAAAGGAAUGGAUGGAUUCUGCCCAUUGGGCCCAUGCAUUGUAUCUUCUCAGCUAGUUCCGGAUCCCAGGAUUUUGAACUUGAAGACAUCUCUGAAUGGGAAGAUUAUGCAAGAUGGUUCAGCCGAUGACAUGAUAUUCAGCAUACCGGAAAUCGUGUCAUAUCUCUCUCAGGGUCAUACCUUGAUGCCCGGUACAGUGAUCAUCACUGGUACACCUUGCGGCAUCGGUAUAUCGCAAAGUCCGCCACAGUUCCUUCAGCCUGGAGAUCAGCUAAGAGUUAGCAUCAGUCAUGGGUUGGGUACACAGAUAUGUGAGAUUGGGAGGGCUUAA